GUGUCCUCAGGUCCAGCUCUGCUGGGAGUGCUCCUCCAUUACACGGACAUAAGGAAGAGUUUGACUGUGACGCAGGGCGCCAUGAAAGUUGAGUUAUUGCCUGCCCUGACCGACAACUACAUGUACCUGGUCAUCGAUGAAGACACCAGGGAGGCUGCCAUCGUAGACCCGGUGCAGCCCCAGAAGGUUUUGGAAACAGUGAAGAAGCACGGUGUGAAGCUGACCACGGUGCUCACCACCCACCACCACUGGGACCACGCUGGUGGGAAUGAGAAGCUGGUCAAGCUGGAACCUGGGCUGAAGGUGUAUGGGGGUGAUGACCGCAUCGGGGCCCUGACUCACAAGGUCACACACCUGACCACGCUGCAGGUGGGUUCUCUCAACGUGAAGUGCCUGUCGACCCCGUGCCACACGUCGGGACACAUCUGUUACUUUGUGACCAAGCCUGGUGGCUCGGAGCCUCCUGCUGUGUUCACAGGUGACACCUUGUUCGUGGCUGGCUGUGGGAAGUUCUACGAAGGGACCGCAGAUGAGAUGUACAAAGCUCUGCUCGAGGUCUUGGGCCGGCUUCCUCCAGACUCAAAGAUCUACUGUGGCCACGAGUACACCAUCAACAACCUCAAGUUCGCGCGCCACGUGGAACCUGACAAUGCUGCCGUUCAAGAGAAAUUGGCCUGGGCCAAGGAGAAGUACAGCAUUGGGGAGCCUACGGUGCCAUCCACCAUGGCGGAGGAGUUCACCUACAACCCCUUCAUGAGAGUGAGGGAGAAGACGGUGCAGCAGCAUGCGGGUGAGACAGACCCUGUGACCACCAUGAGGGCCCUCCGCAGAGAGAAGGACCAGUUCAAGGUGCCCCGCGACUGAGGUGGCCACUGCCCUCAGGGGCCUGUGAGCUUAGGAUGUUUUAGAUGGAGCAAAGCUCCCUGUGGCCUCCAGGCCCCUGCCCUGCAUCACGGAACGGGAAGUGCCCGCGUGUAGGUGUACCUUGCACUGUGGUACACCCUGCACAGCCCCUUCCUGGGAGCGGCGCUGUGAUAUGUGCCACUCUGUACCUUGCUUUCUGAUGCUUGCAGUAGCCAGAGACACACGUGGGCCUGCUGUGGGCUCAAGUGCCUCCUGUGCAGGCCGGGCUUCCCUGGGCAGAAGGGCUGUCUAUGGGUGUGCGUGUUCCUCGGCUUAGCCUGCCAGGUUUCCCCGCCGUCCCGUGACCCCGACUACUGCCGUGGUGUGGCAUGUUUAAAUGACUGGUAAUAAAGCAUAGGAACAAAAUA